AUGUCCGCCGCCUCGUCCUCGUCCUCGACCCCGACGCCGCGCAUUCGCGUCCUCUGCCUCCCUGGGUUCGGCAACGAUGGUAGCCAGAUGCUCGGCAAGAUGCGCAAGCUCCGCAAGGUCUGGGGCGACGACGUCGAGUGCGUCGCCAUGGACCCACCCGCCGUGUUCGGCUACCCGAGCGUGCACGGCAGCGCCGGCCGUCAGGCCAUCACGCGCGAGGAGGACUUUUUCGUCUGGUGGCCGCGCAACUACACGCACUCGUUCCUCGGCGACUACGAGUGCCUCGACUACGCGCUUCGGGCGACGCGCAGCUUCAUCGAGGAGCACGGACCGUUCGACUGCUGCAUCGGGUUCUCGCAGGGCGCCAACUUCCUCGCGCACCUCCUCCCCCUCCUCGAGAAGCCUUGGCUCCACGAGGCCUUCGCCUCGCCUACGCCGUCGUCGUCGUCCUUCCUGUCGCCGCGCUCGUCCAUCUCGGCGUCGUCCGACAGCAGCAUCGCCUCGACGCCGUACUCGAACGCGCCCUCGUCAGCCUCGACCCUCUUCUCUCCUCCCCUCUCGCCCGUCGACAGCGACUACUUUGGGCGCUCCCGUCGCUCGUCGUUCGGCGAGGUCGACGUCUUCCCGGUCAAGCCGUUCAAGUGCGCGAUCCUCGUCGGAGCGUAUGGCCCGGGCGACCCGAUCGCCGACCACUGGUUCGACUCGCCCGUCCGCGUUCCGACCCUGCACCUCAUCGGCAAGAACGACGCGUGGAUCCCGCCGAACCACCAGGUCGACACGGCGAACAGGUUCAACAGCAAGGUCCUCUGGCACAUCGGCGGCCACUUCAUCCCGCAGAGCCACGAGCACCACCUCGCUAUGCGUGACUUCCUCUUCGCGCACUGCAAGUGA